AUGUCGUCCGAAAAUGGAAAUUGCCAGAAUGAGCUGGCUCCUCUGUGCCACAUUAUCACUCCAGUUGGGAUGCUUGGCUAUGGAUUUCUCGAAGAACAUGUCACUCCCGCCCUUGAAAAGCUCGUGGGAACAAACGUGCCAACAGCGCUUAUACUGGACUCUGGGUCCACAGACAGUGGUCCUUCUAAGCUGGCACUUGGAGAAUCAUUACUCCCACGUCCCUCAUACGUUCGCGACCUGACGAAGCUUCUGAAACUAGUCGACAAGUUCCACGUUCCCUUGAUCUUUAGUUCUGCGGGUGGCGAUGGAAGUGACGACCAUGUUCGGGAUAUGUUGGGCGUUAUUGAGGAGAUCGCAGGGAAGAAAGGAAAUGAACACUAUCAAUUGAAGACCAUUGGGAUUUUCUCAGAAGUCAAGAAGUCGCUCAUUCUUGAUCGAUUGCGCACAGGCUCUAUCACCGGCUGCGGAUCAGCUGUGCCAGCCUUGACAGAAGAAGACAUCGAAUCUUCACCUCGUGUUGCAUCCCAGAUGGGACCUGAACCUUUCGUGGACGCAAUGAAGGCGAAUCCAGAUUUCAACGUUAUCGUGGGAGGCAGGGCGUACGACCCUGCACCUUAUGUUGCAUAUGCCGCUUACAUCGCCGAGGCACAACCUAAAGAUGCAGCAUCUCUGGAAGGCCAGAAGCUGUGGGGUGGGUUCACGCAUAUGGGUAAGAUAAUGGAAUGCGGAGCCUCGUGUGCAACGCCCAAGAGCUGGUCAGCACAAGCUACAAUCUACCAGGAUGGCACAUUCGAUGUAACUCCUUUGGCCCCCGAAAGUCGUUGCACGCCUGUUUCUGUGGCUGCGCAUACUUUGUAUGAAAAAAGUCGACCUGAUUUACUCUAUGGCCCUGGCGGCUAUCUUGACCUGACUACUGCGAAGUAUGAGCAGUUGAAAGAUGGAAGAACGGUUAGAGUGAGAGGUGGUACCUUCAAAUUCUCUCGGGACGUUGGGAUUCCAUACCAAGUGAAGCUGGAGGCGGCGUGUGUCGUUGGACAUCGUACUAUGUAUAUGGGUAGUAUAAGAGACCCAAUUUUGAUCGGCCAAAUCGACGCGUUUCUCGAGCACGUAAAAUGGUAUGCCCGAGAACAGCACGAAGAAGCUGAAGGAACUUGGGAGCUAGACUUUCACUUAUACGGGAAAGAUCAAGUCUCGGCAUUGCCUGCUUCAGCCGGCCAACCUUCGGAGAUCUUUAUCAUCGGUGAGGCACUUGCAUCUACGCAAGCGUUAGCAACCAGCGUCAUUUCGGCGGCCCGUGUUGCCACAAUCCAUGCAAGCUACCCAAACCAGAAAGCCGGGGCAGGAAACUUUGCGUACGGCAUCGGCGGAAAGAUGCAAGUAGAAAUGGGUCCCUGCUCCAGGUUCUCGAUCUACCAUCUUAUGGCUUUGAACGAAGGCGAGGAAAAGCUCCGGAUCCAACCAGACGACGAGGGGCCGCUGUUCUACCAGACCGUUAUAACGUUCGGUAAAGGGCAACAAGUACCUUCAACCAAUGGCUUUUCGUCCGCGGAUAGUCCACUACCGUCCAAAAGGAAAACAAGAGAAGAGCACGUCUAUCCCGAGAACGGCAAGCCCACUAAUCAGACUAACAUGCCAAUGACGUUAGGUGACUUAGCUCGUAUCAUUCGAUCAAAAAAUGCGGGUCCAUUCGAAUUGACAUUCGAUGUCAUCUUUGACGCUGAAGACGUAUACCGAAUGGUCAAAGAGUCAGAUAUUCUUAAUAAGGGGGCGGUAGCGAGGCUCCUCAAUGUGCAAGAGAAGGAUAUCAUCUGGAUCGGAUUCUUCGACCAAGCCAUGGGUUUCAAAGCAACAAUCCCUCGGAUGAGGAACGGUAGGACCGAACCAAAUGGUGGUUUCAUGGAAAAUGAUGUCCACGGAUCGCAAAACUAUAUUGAAUUGAUGAAUAUGAAGCUCCCCGAAAGUUUCCUUCAGCGCUGGAUUCAGGUUCGGGGUUAG